GACUGCGUCCAUCGCAUCGCUAGUCCACUACCGUCACUCGGCCAGUAAUCAGUAAUCAGUGAUCAGUGAUUAGUCGUCGACAUCCAACACGACGAAUUACCGACCACCAGAAGCAUGAGGUGGGUGUGGCUGGUGGCACUGGUGACGGAGGUAAGACUGGGAGGAUGUGUCAACCCAGACCAGGACCAAGACGGAGAGGUGGAGGCUCGUAACUUCAUGGACUACCUCAACAGAGAGACCGCGUCGUGGGCAAACCGCAUCAGCCUCGUCGAGUGGGACUACGAGAGCAAUCUUACAGAGCACAACUUACAGAGAAAGUUAAAAUUAGCUGCAGAGUAUGCUGCCUUUGAGAAGGAACAGUGGCGAGAAGUGAUAAAGUUCCAUUGGCAGAAUUUCCAAGAUCCUCUGUUAAGAAGACAGUUCAAGAAACACUCGAUCCUGGGAACAGCAGCUCUACCAGAAGAAAAACGGUCUCGACUGGAUGAGGUAGUUUCUGAAAUGCAGAAGAUCUACAGCACAACAAAACUUCAUGAAUGGAGACACCCUCGUAGCACUGUUCAACUGACUCACAAAGAGCCAAUGAUUCAGCUUGAGCCAGAUUUGGUACAGAUUUUUUCUGGACACACCAACGAGAGCUGCAAACUUCAAUACUACUGGGAAGGAUGGCACGGAUCUGUAGGCAGGAAAGUGAAAUAUCUCUUUGAAGAAUAUGUUAACUUGACAAAUGAAGCAGCAAAAAUGAACAACUUCUCAGACAAUGCUGCAAUGUGGAUUGAAGACUUUGAAAUGGAAAAUUUUGAAGAUGUAAUACAAAAGUUGUAUCUACAGAUCCGUCCAUUAUAUCAACAGCUGCAUGCUUACGUCAGACGCAGACUGAGCACCCAUCACAAUACCAAUCAACAGGAGUUGAUACAGAAGAGCGGCCAUUUACCUGCUCAUAUUCUGGGAAACAUGUGGGCACAACAGUGGGACUCAGUGUACCACAUAACGGUUCCGUACCCAGGAAAAGUGUCUGUUGAUGUUACCCCAACCAUGAAAGCCAAGAACUAUACUGCAUUGAAGAUGUUUAAACUGGCUGAAGAAUUUUUCACUUCCCUCAACUUGACUGCAAUGACUGACACAUUCUGGAACAAAUCCAUUAUUGAAAAACCAACAGAUCGAGAGAUGGUGUGUCAUGCUUCUGCUUGGGACUUCUAUGAUGGCGAGGAUUUCAGAAUAAAAAUGUGCACAAGAAUAAAUCUGGACGACUUAAAAACGGUUCACCAUGAGAUGGGACACAUUCAGUACUUCCAGCAGUACAAGAACCAACCCUAUGUUUUCAGGAGUGGAGCCAACUCAGGUUUUCAUGAAGCAGUUGGCGAUACACUAGCUCUCUCAGUAUCUACGGCUGAACAUUUGAUGAAGAUCGGUCUCCUCGACCCAGACACUUAUGUUGAAGAUAGGGAAACUGACAUCAACUCUCUAUACCUGAUGGCUUUGGAAAAAGUGGCAUUUUUACCCUUUGCAUAUAUUCUUGACCUUUGGCGAUGGGAAGUAUUUAGAGGAAAUAUCACUCCUCCAGAGUACAAUUGCCGAUUUUGGAAACUGCGGCAAGAUCUGCAAGGAAUUGUGCCUCCUGUAGAUCGUAAAGAGAGAGAUUUUGAUGCUGGGGCAAAAUAUCAUGUUAUUGCAGAUGUACCUUACAUAAGAUAUUUUGUCAGUUUCAUCAUCCAGUUCCAAUUUCACAAGGCUCUGUGCAUCAAAGCUGGACAAUACAAUCCCAAAGACCCUGCUUCUAAACCUCUCCAUCAAUGUGAUAUAUACCAAAGUACUGAGGCUGGAAAUUUGAUGGGUGACAUGCUACAACUCGGUUCGUCAAAGCACUGGCAAGAUGCUUUUGAAGCCAUCACUGGACAAAGAAACAUGGAUGCUGGACCUCUUCUGGAAUAUUUCCAGCCUCUGCAUGAUUGGCUAAUCAAUGAAAACAAUCGAACUGGUGAAGAGAUUGGAUGGUCCACCAAUCAUAAAAUAAACUUUUGCCACAAUGCUUUCCAAACAGAACCGACACCAGAAGCUAAACCAGUGGACGACGGAUGUCACUAUUUAUUUGCUGAUGAAAAAAUGCAUAAAGUUGCUAUGCCAACUGAGAAGAAAUCUGAAGACUUGAAGCAAGCAAAUCGUUAAGCGAAGUAUGACGUUAAUAAGUGAACACAAUAAAACAAUAAAUUAUACUAUUUAUUUUGGGAAAUAUAACUACUUUAAUUUUAUUUAAA